CAAAACGUCGUCGUAACUCCGCCGAACACGUCCUUUCAUUUCUCAGAUUAUUAUUAUUAAUCACAAUCCCGUUUAUAAUUUAUAUAGCCAAACAAAAAACAUCCUCACAACUCCACAAAACCAAAGCACCCAGCGCCAGCAGCUCUCACACACACACAAGAUCUGAUCAGAUCCAUUCAGAUCCUCCUCCCCAUCUCUCUCUACAAAUUUUCUAUCUUUUUUUCUUUCUCUCUCCUUUGUAUUUGUAUUUGUAUUUGUAUUUAUGUAUUUGUCAAUUCUUAUAUGUAACCUGCUUCCAAAGUGAUUCGAUUUUCGAAAUCAGAGUCGAUGGUUUCAAUUCUAGGGUUUCAGAGCCAGCGACGUCGUUUCAUCGAGUUUCGCUACAAUUGCGGUGUUCGUCUUGGGUAGAUAUGCGUGGGAUCGAGAUUUAGGGUUUGUAAAGGUGCUUGUGGUGUGCAUGAAGAUUUGGUGCUGCCUAUGCUUUACAAGAGAAGAGGAAGAAGAAGAAGAAGAAGAGGACGUGGGCGACGACGAAGAGGACAAGGAAUUAGGUGAGGAAGGUAAUUCGGAGGCUAUGAGGGAGGGCGUUUUCGGAAAUGAGGGUAAUCCCGAGGGUAGAAUCGGAAAUGACGACGACCCCGAGGAGGAUGUCGAGCGAUUGCUAGGUCUCGCCGCCUUGAGCCCGCACCACCUCGACUGCGACGACGACGACGAGCAGCUCAGAUUGUUCGAAGACGCCGUCGUCGCGAUGCGCGGUGGCGGCGGCGUUGGUGUUGGUGUUGGUGUUGGUGCGCAUUGGGACGGGGCCGCCCGGGCCGCUGACCCCUUGCCGUUCUUGGGGGUUCGAACCGCGCGGCGGUUCGAGGGGGAGAGUAGCUCCGCCUCGGCGGAGACUGCUGCGGUGGAUCAUGAUCGCGAUUCGCACAAUAAGCGCGCCAAGGUUCACUAUGAUUUUCAUGAAUAUCAUUUUGCAACUGCAGAGUUUUCCAAUGGAAACUCUAGUUCAUCUGCAGACAGGGAUUACCACAUUAGUCAGGGAUCUUCUUUUCCAUCUAAGAAUCAGAUAUUUUAUCGUACUUUAACAAUGAGUGAUGGUGGUGGUAAGAAUUUAUCUGAAUCUAGUGAUGGGACAGAUGAUGUCGGAGAUGAGAUUGGCUCUCCAAGAUUGGAGGAUUUUGAAGUUCGGAUGGAUCUUACGGAUGACUUACUCCAUAUGGUUUUCUCUUUCUUAGACCACACUGCUCUUUGCCGAGCUGCCAGAGUCUGUAGGCAGUGGCGAGCAGCUAGUGCUCAUGAGGAUUUCUGGAGAUGUUUGAAUUUUGAGAACCGAAACAUAUCUGUAGAACAAUUUGAGGAUAUGUGUCGGCGGUAUCCAAAUGCAACAGAAGUGAAUAUUUCUGGUGCUUCCAUUCACCUGCUUGUUAUGAAGGCAGUAUCUUCAUUAAGAAACCUUGAGGUUUUGACAUUGGGGAGAGGGCAACUAGGGGAUACUUUUUUCAAUGCCUUAUCGGAUUGUUAUUUGUUGAAGAGAUUGAAUGUAAAUGAUGCUAAUCUUGGCAACAGUAUUCAAGAAAUACCUAUAAACCAUGACAGCUUGCGUCAUCUUCAACUAACAAAGUGUCGUGUGAUGCGUAUAUCCGUCAGGUGUCCACAGCUUGAAACAAUGUCUUUGAAGCGCAGCAACAUGGCACAGGCUGUGCUUAAUUGCCCUCUCUUGCAUGAGCUUGAUAUAAGCUCUUGCCACAAGCUUUCAGAUGCUGCAAUUCGUUCAGCAGCAACUUCAUGCCCUCAGUUAGAGUCUCUGGACAUGUCAAAUUGUUCAUGUGUUAGCGAUGAAACUCUAAGGGAAAUAGCCCUCACUUGCGCCAAUCUCCAUAUUCUUAAUGCUUCAUAUUGCCCAAACAUCUCACUUGAGUCUGUUAGACUGCCGAUGUUGACGAAACUUCAGCUUCACAGCUGUGAGGGAAUCACCUCAGCUUCAAUGGCUGCAAUAUCUCAUAGUUAUAUGUUGGAGGUUUUGGAGCUUGACAAUUGCAGCCUACUGACUUCUGUGUCCUUGGACCUUCCACGCUUACAGAAUAUUAGAUUAGUACAUUGUCGCAAAUUUGCUGAUCUGAAUUUAAGGAGUCUCAUGCUAUCAUCUAUAAUGGUGUCUAAUUGCCCCGUACUCCAACGGAUCAACAUCACUUCAAACUCACUUCAGAAAUUAGCAUUGCAGAAGCAGGAGAGCUUAACCGCAUUGGCAUUGCAAUGCCAAACUUUGCAAGAAGUGGAUCUCACUGAUUGUGAAUCUUUGACAGAUACAAUUUGUGAUGUUUUUAGUGAUGGAGGUGGAUGCCCUAUGCUAAAGUCACUAGUUCUUGAUAACUGUGAGAACUUGAGAGCAGUGCAGUUCUGCAGUACCUCUUUAGUUAAUCUUUCCCUUGUUGGUUGCCGGGCCAUCACUGCUCUCAAUCUUACGUGCCCAUAUCUAGAGCAAGUUUGCUUGGACGGUUGUGAUCAUCUUGAAAGAGCAUCUUUUUGUCCUGUUGGCCUACAGUCAUUGAAUCUGGGAAUAUGUCCCAAAUUAAAUGUACUCAGUAUUAAAGCACCGUGUAUGGUGUUGCUCGAAUUGAAAGGAUGUGGCGUAUUAUCAGAAGCAUCUAUUAAUUGUCCGCUUUUGACCUCUCUAGAUGCUUCCUUUUGCAGCCAACUUAAGGAUGACUGUCUGUCUGCAACAACUGCUUCAUGCCCGCUGAUUGAGUCGUUGAUAUUGAUGUCAUGCCCAUCUAUUGGUUCUGAUGGACUUUACGCCCUGCGCUGCCUUCUACAUUUGACUGUGCUUGAUUUAUCGUACACCUUUUUGAUGACCUUGCAGCCGGUUUUUGAGUCUUGUUUGCAACUAAAGGUGUUAAAAUUACAAGCAUGCAAGUAUCUUGCGGACUCAUCACUUGAGCCCCUUUACAAGGAAGGUGCUCUCCCUGCUCUCCAGGAAUUGGACUUGUCUUAUGGGACCCUCUGUCAGUCUGCUAUAGAAGAGCUUCUUGCUUUCUGCACACAUCUUACACAUGUGAGCUUGAAUGGCUGUGUCAAUAUGCAUGACCUUAAUUGGGGUUGCAGUGGUGGUGGCCAGAUUUCUGAGUUGCCUAGUAUUUAUAGCUCAUCUUCCAUGCUUUCACCUGAGAACAUCCACGAGCCAAUUGAGCAGGCCAACCGUUUACUGCAGAACCUAAACUGUGUUGGUUGUCCUAAUAUUAGGAAAGUUUUCAUUCCACCGGCGGCACGCUGUUUUCAUUUGUCAUCGUUAAACCUUUCUCUAUCAGCAAAUUUGAAGGAAGUUGAUCUUGCUUGUUUUAAUUUGUGCUUUCUAAAUUUGAGUAAUUGUUGCUCUUUGGAAAUGUUGAAGCUUGAGUGUCCAAAAUUGACCAGUCUCUUUCUACAGUCGUGCAACAUUGAUGUAGCAGCAGUUGAAGCCGCCAUAUCAAAGUGUAGCAUGCUGGAGACCCUUGAUGUCCGCUUUUGUCCGAAGAUAUGCUCAAUGAGCAUGGGGAGGUUACGUGCGGCAUGCCCUAGUUUGAAGCGUAUCUUCAGUAGCCUGUCACCUUCAUGAUGUGACAGACGUCUUUGUGUCAUUUUAUGCUGCUUAGCAGGUGGCAACCAUCUUGGUAAUUUAUCUGUGAUUUGCUCACAUGUAUUGUAAAUGGUCAUCUUCAUCUUCUUUUGAUUGUUGGUGUUCGUUUUGGUAUAGAGGUACUUCAUGUGGUCUUUAUGUAACAAUAGAAUAAAUUGUUUUGUUUUACUUUUAAUUGUUCAUUGUAGUUCACUUGUUGAGUAAACCACCGGCAUUUUUUCUUUCUGUUGGCCAGUAAAUGGCCAUCUAUAUUGUUUGUCGGUGUGGCUCUGCAGGUAAUUCAUGUAGUCUUUUAUGUAUUUGAUACAAUAAGAUGUCUUUGUAAAUUAAUUAAUAUUGUUUGUUAGUACUAAUAGUUCUUCCCUGUAGCUAAUGAAUUUCAAAUUAUUGGUUCUUGUA